AAAAACUGUAUAAAUUACCCUACACCCUUUUAUUUCAAGCCCCCAAGGAAAAUUUUCAGUUCUCAAAGAAACCGCCCAAUGUUCCAAAAUCGCAGUAACAUUGAAAUUGAAAUGGCCGACCGAUUGAAUAACCCCUUUAAUUUCACAAGGAACCAAAAUACGCUCCUCUGUUUCAAACCUCUAAGGAAGAUUUCCAUAGAAAUCAUCCACAGCUUCCGGAAUCGUGACGGUAUUGAAAUGAAAUUACUGGAUCCGUUUAAAGGCCGUUUUAAAUUUACAAGGGACAAAAAUACGCGACUCUAUUCCGAGCAGCCGUGGAAGACUUCCAGCGUUCAUGGAAACGGCCGUGAGGCUGGAACUGAAGCGGUCGACGCCGAAUUUGGGUAACGAAGACGAGGAGAAGAUCGAGAGGGAUCGUGUACACUAGUGGAAUUAAUCCUGGACACUUUUAAAUUUUCACUUGAAUUUCGCAUUUAUCCAAAUUAUUUAAUAAUCAUUGUUUUCUAAUUUUAGGCCGUCGCUAAAGGCCAUUUACAUCCGUACUUUUAACAUACAAUAAAAAUUACAAUUUCAGCACAUCAAAGGAGGUAGAAAAAAAUUAAUAUUUCCUGUGAUUGGCUAUUUCACAUCAUGCGACGUUUCCUGUUGCCAGGCGCAAGAACAAAAAUAACAACACAGUUUAGAUUUUUUUUAAUUAAAAUUUUCAAACAUUUACAAACCAAAUCGCGUGAAAACAUUAUAAACUACAAUAAAAAUAUUCCGGUAUCAAUUUAUCAUAACAGAAUAUACAUUUUCUGCCCAAAUAUGAAAUAAAGAAUAUUUUUAUUCAAACUGUCCAGAAUAAAUUCCAGCAGUAGUACGCGUGGGGAGGGCUGGGGUUGAGUCGACGCGCAGAGGCGUCGAAGGCAGAGCAUCCGUGGUCGGGGCGGUCGUUCAUGGAAACGAGGUUCCGGCGGUGGGGAGAACGGAAAUAUGCAGUUCGUAUUGAGGCAGGUCGUUGCAGCGCCACGAGUCGCGCUCCAGGCGCAGAGAUCAAUGCGCCCACCCCCAUCGCGUCCCGUCUUCGACGUCCGCGUCGAGUCCUCGUAAACCCGCGAGGAACAGGACCGCGGCGACAGCCCACCAGCUGGGCCAGCUAGUCUCGAAAAUACGCGAGGAAAAUGGAAGAACAUUCCACUUACCUGAGAAGGAAACACGUGGAAAGGGUGUCGUUGAUCAAAACGGAUCUAUCCUUAUUGUGAAAACUUACUAUGGGAACUUGAAGAUUCGUCAGAGAUGAUCCCGAAGGUGAAUUCCGCGCGGCUAUCGUGAAGUAGUGAGAAACGGACCAAGUAACCGAAGCACCGAGGCUAAGGACUGAGGUGCUUUUGGAAGAGAACGUAACAUGGAGUAGAAAAUUUGAAAGUUUUCUUAUUAAGCGAUCCAUUUCGAGGAAGGGCCAAGGAUGUUAACCAAGAACCGUCCUCCCUGGCAGCCCGCAGCAGCCAGGUUCCUGCCGGAUACCCAGGGCUGCAUCGGCCAUCGAUGAGCAGUCGGAGCGCCUGCCUCGUCUCCUGAUAAUAAAUGGUGACCUAGUAGAGGCAGGGAGCCGAGGGUGGAGUUGAGCCGCGCGAGCGAGAAAGACCUCGGGGGUGUCGAAGAAUGACGGACCGUGUCGGGGUGCCGGGAGACGCAGGGACACAGCUCGGCAACGAGGAGGAGGAUCGAGAUGGACGCGGUAUAAUGGUCAGCUUCUAAACGGCGAUCACUAUGCCAUUUCCAAUGGACCGUUCCCAUGGGUAACCCGGUGGUAACCUAUCCCGGAGGGAACAGGACAACGACUGUGUUAACCGAGCAGGAGAAGACCUAACGAUGCGGAGUUGAAGACGGUUCUUUCGAAUUGGGCUGAGUUUAAAGAGACUGUUAUGAGAGGAGCGAAGGGAGUGCGUGACGAGGACGCGUAUCGAGGGGAUGUCGUCGAGCAGAGGGUUUCUCUUCGCCCAGUGUUCUCGACCCUGUCCCAAUUCCCAGCCAGAUCGAGGCAGAUCGAGAACGAGAUGUCACGGAUUAACCGGCUAACGGAUCCACGCCGAAUGGAUCGGGAUUCGGGGAACAGGAGCUUCUGAACGAAGAGGAUACGAAGAGGCUGGGAUUUGGGAGCGAAUGUAACGCGAGGGAUGACGAGUAGAGGAGUAGGUUCAGGUGCAUGAACUGUCGUUACGUGUAGGCAGAAUGUUCAAGAGCAGGAUCUUCCAGGGCGAUCUCAGCCCUGUCCCAAUUCCGGGCAGCCUGCAACAGUCCAGCCAGCAGAGUCAGCAGGGUGAACAGGAGUUGGCGACGAAGAUGUUGCAGAUUCAGAGCAAAAGAUUCUAUCUGGAUGUUAAACAGAACAGACGUGGAAGGUUUAUCAAAGUAGCCGAGAUUGGUGCGGACGGGAGGAGAAGUCAAAUUUACCUGGCACUCAGUACAGCAUCCGAGUUCCGGAACUACCUUUCAACGUUUAGUGACUUUUACGCAUCCCUAGAUCAUGCAGGUCCGCCAAGCUCGGAGAACGUACCAGACGAUGGGAAACUGAAGUCAGAAGUGAUGACCAAGGAUAACAGGCGGUAUUAUUUGGACUUGAAGGAAAAUACUCGCGGCCGUUUCCUGCGGGUGUCGCAGACGAUCACGAGAGGAGGACCGAGGACGCAGAUCGCGAUACCUGCACAGGGUAUGAUCGAGUUUCGCGACGCGUUGACAGACCUCCUCGAGGAGUACGGUACGGACGAUGGCGGUUUCAAGGGUGACUUACCAGAGGGACGAUACAUGCGCGUGGAUAGCAAGAAUUUCUAUUUUGAUAUCGGCCAGAAUAACCGUGGUAUCUACAUGAGAAUUUCCGAGGUGAAGACGCACUUCAGAACAGCUAUCACCGUACCAGAGAAAUCAUGGGCGCGUUUCCGUGACAUAUUCGCGGAUUACUGUGAAAGGAUGAGAGAAAGAGGUGCCGGAAGCAACGUGGGCAUGAACAGCGGCGGCGGUGGAAAUGUCUUACCCGAGGGGAGGGGCUCGGUGGUGGCACAGGUAACGCAGAAAGUCGGUGGCGUAAAAAACAAAACGGAAAAGCGGCAGGCCGACCAACGACAACGUGAGUCCCUAAAACGACGCAAAUCCCUGCCACGCCAAGCGGAACCAUCCUCGAUCAUUCCUGAAAAAUCCAUGUCCGCUCCUGCUUCACAAAUCCCGACGACCACUGAUAUCCCGAUGUCUUCUGGCUCUGCUGUAACAACGUCGAGCGCAAGCAAAAGCACGAUGUCCGAGGGGAAUAUUUCUAGCGGUUCAACAGCGUCGCAAGACAUUCAAGAAGUGCCGCGCUUAGAAAGUGUGCAGGUGUAAUACUGCGCAGGUGUUCUGCGCACCCGCGCAUGCGCGAUCAUAAGCGCGGCAGUGACAGCGUGGGUAGCGCGAUCCGGUUUAGUAUUUGCCGCGCGGAGCUUGGGGUUGUAUCGUUUAAGUUGUUACUUUGUGUUCCGAAUCGUUUCGUGAAUAAUUUAGUUUCCCUAAAAUAAUAUUCAACUCUUACGGGAAUAGUUUGCUUGUUGAUUAUUGAAAAGUUUAGAUUAGUUUCAACGCGGGUUUCGUGUUAACAAGUGGUGCGUGCGCACGUGCUUCCAUGGGCUUCUGGCGUUUCAAAUAAAGUUACAUUUUCGGUGUUUCCUGUCACGGUAAAGUUAUAUUUUAUUUUGUUUUCAUUACAAAUACCGUUAUGCAUGAAAAUUUCGAAGAAACUUUGCGUAAAUUAAGUUAGACUUAAAUAUAUUAAUCUCUCUUCAAUAUAUUAAUACCGGUUACAAAACCUGACUGGGUUUGAGUUCAGACGCCAUUUUGAUUUGGUAGCAAAUUCAAACUAUCACGAAUAACGCGUAGUUGAGAAUUAAUGUGUACACAUGAUACAAAAUUGAAACACCAAUAUAUUUUAAUAGACAAAAUCGGGCAACGCACCAUUUUUUACACAAUUUGAAAACGAAGAAACGUUAUGUAAGUGUUGUUAAGUAGAGAAAAGAGGCAUCGAAUAUCAUGAUGCGAAUUUCUGUUUUUUUUUCUCAUUUAUUUUAGUAGAGACGGAUAGGUUGCGUUAAUAUUUUGCUUGUUCUUGCAUGAGAUAAUAAUGAUAAGUUUUGCAAUAAACGUGUCUGGUUAUUGAUUGGAUUUGACCCUAGAUUCGCUUACUUUAAUAGUAAAAAACAAAAUGCGGAAUAAGAACACCCAUUGUAUGUGAAUAACAACUUAAGUUAGUUAUCACAUUCUGUUCAAAACCAUUAAAUUUAUAUUAUGCACUUAACCAAUAAUUUAAUAAAGGUAUUUUCUUUUGAUACUA